CUAGUCAUACAAGUUAGUAAUCUAUUUUCUUCAAAACUGUUUAUAACUGUUUUAAGUCAGUUACGUUUGAACGUAGACUGAUCUCAUUUCAAUCCAAAAUGUACUGAUUAGCCCUAGUUGAUCAGACUAGUUCUUAAGACACAGUACAUAGUGGCAAAACUAAGGUUGAAUGCCCUGUGUUAUAAACAGUGACAUGUUUGAUUAAUCUUGCAUAUUUGGUUAACUCCAAAAUGGAAUCAGUAUUGUCGCUUUACUACAGCUGCUUGACUUCUCAGCGUAAGGAUCAUUAUGAAAUUAAUAUUAUUCCUUAAUAUUUGGAAUUUAAAAGUGGGUUUACCCCAUGCCAUCUAAUAAAGUGGGUAUAUUCUGUAUACCUUGCACUACACAACUGUUUGUAGCCACACAUUAAAGUAAAUGUACAUCCAUAUAACUUCAGCUCACAAACUAAUAACUCUGUACCUCUGUGAGCCAGUUAAGUACAUUAAAUACAGUGUAGACAUACUAAUUUAAUAGAAGUUUAGUUUAGUCUUCAUUUUCUCAUAUAAUUCCAAUUUAAAGAAUUGUUUAAUCAAUGCAUCAUUUACAUACUGGAUUAUAAUCACUAAAUGUUUGCAUAUAAUGCUUAAUGGUACUGCUUUUGUAAAUUUACUUUAAUAAAAGUUUUAAUGCAGGCCUUUAACAAAAUGAAUACAGUGUUAAAAUAUCAUAUAUUCUUAUUAAUGCUGAAAAAGUCAAGAUUCUUCCAUGUGAAACACUGUGAGAAUAUUGUGAUACAAAGUAAACGCCCAUCCCCCAAUGCCCCAGACCAGUGCUACACUGCACGUGUUUGCGUCGCCCAACCCCCACUCCCCAGACCAGCGCUACACUGCUACACUGUUUCCCCAUCCCCCAUUUCACUUCACUGCUCAUCAGCGUUUGUUUAUAACUCAUGGUUGAUGGAGCGAUUUCAGAGAAGAUUGGAGAGACUUAGACAGCAUCACAAUAAAUGCGCAAGCCGUUAUGAACAAACUUUUCUUCGUCAGGAAACAAUGGGAGAGCGUUCAACACAGCUGGAUGCUAUUUCUGAGGAGCAGGAGGAUAGUGAUUCAUCAGAAUCAGAGUUAUCCAGUUGUGCAGGACUAGACCCAGAUUACAAACCAGGUCAGAGUUCAUCGUCCAGUGAUUUGAGCCCAGACAAAGGUUCAUCGUGGAAGAACCCAAUGAUGUCCAGUGAAAUACUUGAAUGUUCCGACACAAAUUCUAGCGACGGUGCCAUCAAAAAAACUGAAAACACAAGAACGUAUGGAAAAAAACACCAUAAACUACACAAGAUAAAAAAGACAGAUACAUCCAAAUUAAAUGUGACCCUAAAAAUUUGCACAAGGCGGGAAGACAAGAAAAGAGCUUGGGACAAAAGACAUUAUUGCCUCUACUGUGGGAAAUCUCAGUUAAAGAUUUCAAGACAUUUAGAGAGAAAACACAUGGAUGUCAAAGAUGUGGCAUAUGCCUUCAGCUUUUCAUUAGGAUCAAAACAAAGAAAAAGUCUUUUAGAACAGCUCCGCAACAAAGGAGACUUUAAACAUAAUUCCAAAGUUCUGGAAAAAGGCAGAGGACAAAUAGUGACGUGGAAGCAGCCAUCUGAUAAAGCCUCGGUUAAGGAUUAUUUGCCUUGCCCAUACUGUUUUGGAAUGUUUAAGAGAAAAGACCUUUGGAGACAUCAAUCAUCAUGCAGAACAAGAAAAUCUUGUGUGACCGAUGAAAAAACAAAGAAUAGACGAAGUAGAAUACAAAGUCGCGCCGCAUCCCUGCUUCCUAUUGCAGCUUCCUCAGAUGGCUGUCAGAGCAUCAUUAACCAAAUGAGACAAGAUGAUGUUUCGUUUCAUAUCAGGAGUGAUAGUUUAAUUUGCAACUAUGGUGAAUCACUGUACGCAAAACAUGGUCGAGUGAAGUCCAGGCACCAGUACAUUGCACAAAGAAUGAGAGAGCUUGGCCGAUUCAUGUUAGUGGCUAAGGACAUGGACAAGACAGUCAAUUAUCUUGAAGAUUUGUGUGUGCCAUCAAAAUAUCAGCUUGUUGUCAGUGUUGCCAAGUGUCUAACUCAGUUUAGUCCAGGCAAAAAUGAGUUUGGAAAACCUUCAACAGCAGUCAAAAUUGGAUUCUGUCUUAAAGGGGCUGUGGAGGUCCUAAUAGGACAGACUCUAAUGAAUGAAGAUGAUCUUGCAGAAAAGAAAGCUAAAAAGUUUUUGGAACUUCUGGAGAAAAACUGGAGAAACAGUGUUUCUGUCACAGCUCACCAAACCAUACAGGAAAAAAGAUGGAAUAAAGAUGAUGACAUCCCCCUCACAAAAAAUGUUAUUGCUUUAAGAGACCAUCUCAGGAUGGUAGAAGAUGAAGCAAGAAAUGAAUUGACAGAACAAAUGGAUUUACAUGCAUACAAAACAUUAAACGAGUCCGUUCUAGCACAGGUCAUUAUCUUCAACAAGCGGCGUGAAGGGGAAGCAUCACGCCUUACUCUUGACGUUUACAUGAAAGCAAGCACAAGUGCCAUAAACGAGGACAUUUAUAAAACCUUGUCACCAUUGGAAAAGCAGCUCAGCAAGUUAUUAACUCGCAUAGAAAUCAGAGGAAAACGAGGAAAGAAAGUUCCAGUUUUCUUGACAAAGAGAAUGAAGGCAUCAAUUGAUUUGUUGGUUCAAAAGCGAGUGGAAGCUGGUGUACCUGCUGAAAAUCCCUAUCUCUUUGCAAGACCCGGUGUGAUGACAAACAUACGCGGAUGUGACUGUCUGCGGAAAUAUGCAAAAAAAAGCAAAGCAGAAAACCCUGAACUCUUGAGGUCAACUAAAUUAAGAAAGCAAGUUGCCACACUCUGCCAACUCUUGGACCUUAGUGAACAAGAACUGGAGCAAGUUGCAAGGUUCAUGGGACAUGAUAUCAGAGUUCACCGUGACUUUUAUAGGCAAACGGACAAAACAUUUCAAAUUGCCAAAAUAAGUAAGCUUCUGUUUGCAAUGGAGCAAGGCACUCAGACUUUAAGGGGGAAGAACCUUAAUACACUUGCACCGGCCUGUGGUGAAGGUCCCACACUGAAUUCUGUGGGUGUCUCACCGAGAACAAAGAGAAAGAGAGUAAAGCUGGCUGAGGAUGGAGGUUCUGAUCUCUCCUCACCUGAAAAGACACGUCAAUCAUGCCGUGAAGCUGAUGGUUCAGAUGUAGAUGAUGAUUGUUCAGGAGCAAACCUGAAGAAAAAACCCACACCAAAUAAGAACAGACGACGACAGACCAAGAGUGAGGAAACAAAGGAUGGAGGUUUUGAUCUCUCCUCCCCUGAAAAGAGACUUAAAUCAUGCCGUGAAGCUGAUGGUUCAGAUGUAGAUGAUGAUUGUUCAGGAGCAAACCUGAAGAAAAAACCCACACCAAAUAAGAACAGACGGCGACAGACCAAGAGUGAGGAAACAAAGGAUGGAGGUUUUGAUCUCUCAUCUCCUGAAAAGACACGUCAAUCAUGCCAUGAAGCUGAUGGUUCAGAUGUAGAUGAUGAUUGUUCAGGAGCAAACCUGAAGAAAAAACCCACACCAAAUAAGAACAGACGGCGACAGACCAAGAGUGAGGAAACAAAGGAUGGAGGUUUUGAUCUCUCAUCCACUGAAAAGACACGUCAAUCAUGCCGUGAAGCUGAUGGUUCAGAUGUAGAUGAUGAUUGUUCAGGAGCAAACCUGAAGAAAAAACCCACACCAAAUAAGAACAGACGACGACAGACCACGAGUGGGGAAACAAAGUAUGGAGGUUCUGAUCUCUCCUCCCCUAAAAAGAGACUUAAAUCAUGCCAUGAAGCUGAUGGCUCAGAUGUAGAUGAUGAUUGUUCAGGAGCAAACCUGAAGAAAAAACCCACACCAAAUAAGAAAAGACGACGACAGACCAAGAGUGGGGAAACAAAGUAUGGAGGUUUUGAUCUCUCAUCCACUGAAAAGACACGUCAAUCAUGCCGUGAAGUUGAUGGUUCAGAUGUAGAUGAUGAUUGUUCAGGAGCAAACCUGAAGAAAAAACCCACACCAAAUAAGAACAGACGGCGACAGACCAAGAGUGGGGAAGCAAAGGAUGGAGGUGCUGAUCUCUCCUUCCUUGAAAAGCGACUUAAUUCAUGCCGUGAAGAUGGUAGUUCAGAAUCAGAUGUAGAUGAUGAGUGUUCAGGAGCAAACCUGCUGAAAAAACCCACAACAAAUAAGAAAAUAGGACGACAGACCAAAAGUGCCAAAGUGUCGGCCAAGGUAAAUGUGAAGAGACCAUGGAGUGAGGCAGAGAGGAGUGCAGUACACAAACACUUGGCCAAGUUUAUAGCCGAGCGCAGAGUUCCUGGAAAACUGCCAUGCAUGAAGUGCAUAGAGGAAGAAGAAGCCCUAAAUGAACGAUCUUGGAAGGAUGUGAAGAAUUUUGUGUACAACACAAUUGUAACUCUAAAUCGGAGAUCUGCUUCAAGAAAACUAAAAUUUUAAAGGCAAAAUGUGGUGUUCAUCUCAAUCUCUCUUUCUCCGUUUCUCACUUUUCCUUUUUUUGGUUUUAACAUUUUGUUGUAACGUUUACUGUUUUCUGAAAAUGUUAACAAAAUAAAUGUUCAUCUGGUUACUGCA